AUGUCAAACGAACGCACCCCUCUGAUCAACUCGGGGGUAUGCUGUCUGGCCGGGCCCGCGGUGGCGUGCGGCGCCGAGUCGGAUGCCGCCACAGAAUCCGGCCCCGGGUCGCCGAGCAAAGACCCCCGGAAACUCAACACCUUUUUCGGGGUGAUGGUGCCGACCAUCCUCUCCAUGUUCAGCAUCAUUCUGUUCCUGAGAACAGGGUUUGUGGUGGGUCACGCGGGACUGUUACAGGGUCUGUUGAUGCUGAUUGUAGCCUACACCAUUAUAGCUCUCACUAUACUCUCCAUCUGUGCCAUUUCCACCAACGGAGCUAUACAAGGAGGUGGAGCCUACUACAUGAUAAGUCGCUCUCUGGGCCCAGAGUUCGGAGGAAGCAUUGGUUUGAUGUUCUUCCUGGCCAAAGUGUGUGCGUGUGGAGAGUACGUUCUUGGUCUUGUGGAGGCAAUACUUGACGUGUUUGGUUCAGACCCUGAGUCGUCAGUCUCUGGGGGGAUACACGUGCUCCCUCAGGGUUACUGGUACACGGUGCUGUACUCCUCAGUAGUCCUUCUGCUGUGUCUGCUUGUGUGUCUUGUGGGCGCCCACAUCUACUCCCGCACCGCCUUCAUCAUCCUGUUGGUGGUCACCGUCUCCUUGCUGUCCGUCUUCAUCAGUUCAGUGGCGGUCAAGCCUCGUGAUUUUGUCAUCACGCACACGGGAGCGGGCAACCAGACGGUCCACUACAACGCCAGCUACACAGGCUACAACGCCACCACUCUGAGGCACAACCUGGGCUCUGGUUACUCUUUGGACUACAGCACCAACUCUGUCAUGUCUUUUGCCACCGUGUUCGCCGUCAUGUUCACCAGCUGCACGGGGAUCAUGGCUGGGGCCAACAUGUCAGGGGAGCUGAGGACUCCGAGUGUUUCCAUCCCCAAAGGCACCAUCGCAGCUGUUUUUUACACUUUCACCGUCUACGUCCUCCUCUUCAUCCUGAUCAGCGCCACCUGUGACAGGACCCUGUUGAUUCAGGAUUACGGGUUCCUCCAGAAAAUAAACAUCUGGCCUCCGUUCAUCACCAUCGGGAUAUACUGCGCCUCUCUGUCAGCUGCCAUGUGCGCCAUGAUCGGAGCUUCCCGUAUCCUCCACGCUCUUGCUCUGGAUGACCUCUUUGGUUUGCCGUUAGCCCCAGCAGCUGUCACAUCAAGCUCGGGGAAUCCCUGGGUGGCGGUGCUGUACACCUGGGGUCUGGCACAGUGUGUAGUGUUUGCGGGCCAGCUCAAUUCUAUAGCGAGCUUGGUGACUGUUUUCUACUUGCUUGCCUAUGCUGCAGUCGACCUGGCCUGUUUGGCUCUUGAGUGGGCGUCGGCUCCAAAUUUCAGACCGACGUUCCAGCUCUUCUCCUGGCACACCUGCCUGCUGGGGAUUCUGAGCUGUUUAGUGAUGAUGUUCGUCAUCAACCCCGUGUACUCCUCAGGCAGCAUCGUCCUCCUGUUGCUGCUGCUGCUUUUCCUCCACUUCAGAUCGCCCACCAGCAGCUGGGGCUACAUCAGCCAGGCUCUCAUUUUCCAUCAGGUGCGUAAGUAUCUGUUGAUGCUGGAUGUGAGGAAAGACCACGUGAAGUUCUGGAGGCCGCAGGUGUUGCUGAUGGUGGCCAAUCCUCGCUCUUCCUGUCAACUCAUCCUGUUUGUCAACCAGCUGAAGAAGGGAGGGCUGUUUGUGUUGGGCCACGUGCAGCUGGGAGACCUGGACUCUCUGCCAGCAGACCCGGUCCAGCAGCAGUACAACUUCUGGCUGAGCCUCGUCGAUAAACUCGGGGUGAAGGCCUUUGUGGACCUGACGCUGUCUCCCUCUGUCAGACAGGGAACACAGCAUCUGCUGCGCAUCACAGGCCUCGGUGGCAUGAAGCCAAACACACUGGUUCUGGGUUUCUACGACAGCUGCACUCCUGAGGACUUUUUCCUACAAGAUACCGCCUUCUGUGACUCUUCGCUGGGACGAACGAGUGAGGGAGAAUACAAUUUCGGGGUCGACUUGCCUUCAUUACAGGCGCAUUUCCCUCCUGUGAGACAUGUGGAGAGCCCACGGUGGCUGUCACCAGAGGAGUACGUAGGGAUUAUUUCCGACGCCCUUAAAAUGAGCAAGAACGUGUGCCUCGCCCGAUAUUUCUUCCAGUUAGAGGGAGAGGGUAAAGACAGCAAGGUGGACGGUUCGGAGCGGACUCUAGAUGUGUGGCCUCUCAACCUGCUCCAGCCAGGAAGCCGCGAUUAUGAGGACGUGUGCAGCCUCUUUCUGCUGCAGAUGGCCUGCGUGCUCAACAUGUCCAGCAAGUGGCGCAACGCGAGGAUGAGAAUCUUCCUGAACGUGGAGACUGAGUCCAGCGACCAGGGCUGGGUGGUGAACGAAGAAACGUUCCGAGAGCUGCUGAGGAAGCUGAGGAUCAGGGCAUCGAUAAAGAUCGUGCCGUGGGACUCGGUAGUGCAGCACCACAGUCAGGAGGACGAGGAGCCAACACGAGCUCUGUCCGAGGACUUCCUGUCUGCAGUGAACUGUAUGUUGAUGGAGCACAGCUCGCAAGCUGCCGUUCGCUUCCUGUAUUUGCCCCGACCUCCCGCUCACCACAGCCAGGCGCAGCAGUACCUCGCUCAGAUGGAAGCUGUCACCAAUAAUUUAGGGCCGACGCUCCUGAUUCACGGUGUCACACCUGUUACUUACACUGACCUCUGAGCCUGAGUUUUGUUCAUCUUGUGUCAUGCAGUAACAUAAGUUAAAACUCUAGUUCCAUGUCAGAUUAACACAUAAUGUAAUGAAAAGUGGAUCCAGGGUACAGUUUGUAGCGCCAGUGACUAGACUUUCACCUAAUGCAGCUUUCUUUGUCGUUUUACUGAAGCUUAGAGAAAGUUACAGGUGUUUUUUAAAAUAUGCCACGUGAGGUUUUUGCAUUCAAAUAGGAUAUUUUCCUUUUUUUCAUGCACUUGAACUGGCUGGAGCCAACAAAUGGGGGAAUACUAACGUUUGUAGAUAUGAUUUAUGUUGAUAUAACCUCUUGUUUGCAUUAGCAAGGCAGAAGUAAAAAUGUGUCAAAGACGCCUCAGAACAAAGAACAAUUUGUUUUUGAGUAAUACGGGUUGUUAAGGACAUUGAAUAUAGAAAUGUCUAGAUAUAAUUUCAGGGAUGAAAUGAUGAAUUUGUGGUGUUAUAUAACCACUGACCAUAGUUACAACUUACUUUUGUGGUUCUAUUUCUAAAUAUUAAUGUGUCAAUGCACGACAACUAUUUGUUUUGGUUUUGCUGCUUCAUUUUCCCCACAUUUCUGCUGGUUGCCGGACCAAUUGAUCCAAAGACUUUUUGUUUCUUAGCUGAACUGAGUUCUUAUUUUUGUCUUUCACGCACCUCAAACAUGUUUGUUUUUACUGUUACCUGUGUAUCAUGUCUUCACAAAGGGAACCGUUUAGUGCGUUUCACCUCCUGAUGAACAGCAUUUGUUGCUAUUGUAUGUGCUUACUUAAAAAAGAGUGUUGGAUAUUUGUUAAAAAGGGGCACCAGUGAUGGUGGUUCGGUCAAGAGUUGUCACAUUUUUACAACAUUUAAAGCAAUGUGAUGUAGAAAUUGUGCAAUUUGCCCCCCAGUCCAACACCACUGUUGUGAAUACAAAUCACAAGGCUGUACAAAUUCGUCAGACAUAACAAUGUUAUGUGUUGAAAACGUGUACGUUGAAGUAAACGUGUGUGCAACGCUGUGAUCUGACCCUCUCUCUGAAGUUGUGUAGUGCAGAAAGUAAGAAGUAGAGGGACGGAGAGGCUGAGACAGAGGCUGUUCCAUCAAAACUGUCGUUUUAAGGAAGAAAGAGUUCCAUAAUGUUGCCUUAAUUUGCCAUAUUUACAAAAUACAGACUAAACUGUUACUUCAUUAUUGUCCUGUUCAGUUAUACUUAGUUGAUCAUGUACCUUUUUAAACAAAACACAGGUCAGAAGUUGCCAAAAAAAAAAGCCAUUUGCUGGACUUUGCUUUGCCCUUUUGACAUGUUCCCUGUUGAGCUGUGGUUAAUGGGUCACUGAGAAAGCCUUAAAAGACUGGCACGUGUCUACUAACAGUCCGUAGUUGUACAUAUUUAAUCGCUGUGUGUCACAGGAGAAAUGCCAAAUGUACUGUGCAUUGUUAUCUUUGUAACUGUAAUAAUGUAAAAUAAACACAACAUAUGUAUUUAAAAGAUG